AUGUCGGAUCUCGAGCCUUCCCCUCGUAAAAGCCUGUCGAGCCGUCGACCUAGCUUCGGCUCCAUUCGAUCACGGUUGCGCAAACCUAGCUUUGGUAACGGCAAGAGGCAGUCGAUAGCCCAAGAUGAUGAUGCUGAGGAGUCGUUGCACGUCCAGGACGAGCACGGUCAACAACGUUCCAAACGCUUCUCGUCCGCGUCCGACCGUUCCAUCCCACCAGUCCCACCCCUUCCUGCUCGACCGCAGAUGGCCAACGCCGACAAAGCUGACCUUUCCUACCUGCAGGCCAGUCCCUCACGGAUUGAUGGGUUCGCUGUUCCAGAAUCGGAGAAGGCCUCCGCCAACAAGCGAAACUCCGUCAUCAGCACUGCCUCGUCUGGCAAAGCAGAGCGAACUGCCCAAACCGACGUCUCCGCCCUCGCCAAAACCUCUCUCGGAAUGACGUUGGGCGCGCACAAGUCCGAAUCUGCUCGACCCGAUGUGGACGCCACUGGCUACGAUGCGCAAUCGGCGUUCAAAGAAACCAUUCCCAUGACAAUGCUCUUCUUCGGAGCCACCGUCCUCGCUGCACUCAUCUUGGCCAGAUUCAGUAUUUUGGCGGCUGUCCUGAUCUCUACUUGCAGCGGUCACAUCCUUUACAAGAAGCUCAAAGCGAGGGGAGACGACGCCAAGUGGGCGCUCGAGAUGGAAGCUGUAGCUCGGCGCAGCGCGUUGCCCGGUGAGGGCGAAGAAUCGGUCGAGUGGCUGAACAAGGCACUCGCAACUGCCUGGCCGCUCAUCAAUGCAGACUACUUUGCGCCCUUUGUCGAUCUGCUCGAGGACAGCCUCAUGACACAGGUGCCCGGUAUCGUGCACAAUGUGCGAGUGGACGACAUGGACCAGGGCUCGAUUCCUUUGCGAGUCAAGAGCUUCCGCGUUCUGCCCUCCGACGACGCCUCCUUCCUCAAAGGCGCUGUAGCACAGGCGCAGAAAGACGCCGGAAAGUCCUCCAACGGGGUGCCCUCCUCUUUCCACGCAGACAGCGAAGACGACGAUGUCGGUGUCGACGUUGGCGAUUUUGUCAACCUCGAAGUUACGUUUGCCUAUCGAGCAGCUGCCCCCAAGAAGGGCCUGUUCCGCUCCACCACCAACACCAGCCAUGGACCGCUCAAUGCUUCUGGUCCCGUCGCAGUAACUGAGGCCGAGGAUGAAAGCGCCAAUGACGAGGUCGACUUCGAUCAGCUCAAGGACAUCCCGACGGAAAGGAUACAUAUGCUACUCUACCUUAGCGUAGGUCUCCAAAAGCUUGCAGCGGUCGACAUCCCUGUCUGGAUUGAGCUGGUGGGCAUCGAAGGAAAAGCACGUGUGCGUCUCCAAAUGACACCUGUAGCUCCAUUCGUCAAGCAUGCCGCCGUCACCUUUGUGGGAGCACCCAAGCUCGAGAUCUCGGCCAAGCCGCUGGGCAAGAAAAUGGUUAUCGAUGCCAUGAAUCUGCCGCUCAUGUCCUCUUAUGUGCUCCAUGCGGUCGAGGAUGUCAUCAAGGGCUUUAUCGCUCCGCUUUCGUACACCAUCGACGUAGCUGGCCUUCUCGGCGCAGGCGACGGCCCGCAGGAUGUCUAUUCGAUCGGCGUCAUCUGCUUCGUGCUCCACCAGGCGGACAAUCUGGCUGCCGCCGACUCCAACGGCCAGAGCGACCCCUUCGUGCAAGCGUCGUUCGCCCGAGCUGGCAAGCCCCUAUUCACAUCACGUAUCGUCCGAAAGAGGCGCGACGCCGUAUGGCAAGAGACGGGGUUCCUGCUCGUGUCCCCCGACGAGGUGCGCGACCACGAUCGAUUGAGGUUCACAGUGUUUGACGCUGAUCGCUUCUCGGCCGACGAUCCGCUCGGCAAGGUCGAGAUCUCUCUGCAUCGGCUCAUCCGCAAAUUUCGCCCAGACGGUGAGGGCCGCAGCACCAACUUGCUCGAGACGCGUACCGACCAGCUGCAGCCGAUGCGGAAGGGCGCUUCGGUACAGGGCACACUCAAAUACAGCGUCGGCUUCUUUGGCCUCGCCCAUGCGCCAGGGACGGGACACGCCCCUUCCAGACGAAAGCUGCUGGAAGGUAUCACCAGCACCGCUGCAGAUCAGAGCGCGUCUAUUGAUCUGGUCUCUCCCGUCGAUGGCAAGCACAAAACGGAUGACGACAAGGACCUGCCUGCUCUUCCUGAAAAGGCUGACGUGAAGAUGGAAAGUGGCGUCGAUCAGGACCUGCAUGCCUACAUGACAGGCUUCGACAAGUUUGUCCACGGCCUUGGCCUUCCGAUGGACGACGAGGUACUGCGGAAGAGAAAAGUGCGCAAAGAACGCGUUCAGAAGCUCGCAACGAUGAUUGAAGGAGCCAAGCAGGCUACGAUGCAUCCGCCAACGGCAGAGCUGCCGUCGGGCAUCCUCGCUUUCCACGUCCACUCAAUCACUGGACUCGAAGUCCCCUCCACGCAAAAGUCGCUGGGGGGCGCGUCAAAGAGGCUCUCUCAAAAGUCUCGGAAUGGGCCCGCGCCGACGGACGAGAGUCACGCCGAAGGAGGUGCAGGUGGCAAGCUACCGUCGUCGUAUGUCCAAGUGUUCCUCAACGAUGAGGCCAUCUUCCGCACCAGGACCAAGAAUCUCAAUCCGCGACCGUACAUCAACGCAGGCAGCGAGCGAUUCAUCGGUGACUGGACGACAGCUCGGCUCGACUUUGCGGUGCGCGACGCUCGGAUGCGCGAGAGCGACGCGAUUCUGGGCUGCGUCGGGAUUCGACUGGCAGAUGUGCUGACAGAGAGCAGCCGGAGCACCGGAUGGCACACACUCACCGGCGGACUUGGCUUUGGCAAGAUCCGUAUCACUCUUUUAUUCCGCAGCGUCGAGCUUUCGGUGCCGCGUCCGCUACGCGGAUGGAACGUGGGCAUUGUCGAGGUGGCCAGCAUCAAGGUGACGGGCGUUCCGCAGACGUUGCUCGACAAGAAGGCGUGCCACGUCUUGCUCGAGACGGUGGGCGGUAAGACAACGACGGACGACACAGAAACAGUGGACGACUACGAGUCUGGCAUGGGCAGCGACGCUACGGUGAGCUACAGCUUCGCGCUCAAGGAGCCGAUGCGCCUGCCUGUUCGUCAGCGAUAUCCGAACUGUGUGUACGUGAGCCUGCGCACCGACUCGCGCUUGCCUGGACGCACACACCACCACGCGUUUGCGUUCAUGCCGCUCAACCGCCUGUCGGAUGAGAUGCGCGUGCAGCGCCGGCUGCGUCUGUUCGAGUCGACGGAUUGGGCCAAGGUGGAGCAGGAUGUGUUGCGCGCGACGAGCGACCCCGCGUUGCUGCAGACGCACGAUGGGGCUGCGCAGGCCAAGCUGCUUCCGGUGCUAGAAGACGUUUGUCGCACUGGAGCAGCGGUCAUUUCAGACGAAGCCAUCAGCGCUGCCAAGCUUCGAGCGGUGGGCUGGGUCGAGAUUGACAUGAUCUUCCACCGAGGCAUUGCGCCGGAGCAUCGCUCUUGCACAGCGGGCGACAGCGAGAUGCGGUUCGCGUUCGAGACGUACAUGACGUUGCAAGAUGCCGGUGAGCGAGCACGACCUCGCACGCUGGCAAUGAACCGAUACCGAGGCUCUAGCCAGGUGGACCUGAGCAACGCGCACGGCACAGAGACACGACCUCGGACACAUGGCCGUGUACCUUCCAACGCUUCUGCGCAGGGGACCCUCAGCGAGGAGCCAAAUGUACUCGGAGAAGAUGGGGCGAAUGGCGCAGCAGACGACGACUCUCUGUACGCGCUCUCGCUGACGGAGACCGAGCUGGAUCAAAUGGCGGAAGAUGAUGGCGACUCGGACAGCCCGGAAGGCCGACGAGCACGCGCACGCGCAUUGCAUCGCAAUCAGCGAGGCGCUGCACAGGUCAAAGGAUUCCGAACGCUGACGUGGAUGAAGACCAACGCCGAAGAUUCAGUAGCUAAGAUGAAGCGUCAAUUCGGCAACAAGCAGUCGAAGAGGAUUGGCAAGAUGGAGGCCGAAGGCAUCUCGCACUUCUGA